AUGAACGAAAAUCUAUUCGCCUCUUUCACUACCCCUACAAUAAUAGGCCUCCCCAUCGUAAUCCUAAUCAUCUUAUUCCCAAGCAUCCUAUUUCCCUCUCCCAAUCGACUAAUUAAUAAUCGUCUUAUCUCAAUCCAACAAUGAUUAAUCCAAUUAACAUCGAAACAAAUACUAUCCAUCCAUAACUACAAAGGACAAACAUGAGCGCUAAUACUUAUAUCACUCAUUCUAUUCAUUGGAUCUACCAACCUACUAGGUCUCUUACCACACUCAUUUACUCCUACCACUCAACUAUCAAUAAACCUGGGAAUAGCCAUCCCUCUAUGAGCAGGAACGGUCAUUACAGGCUUUCGACAUAAAACAAAAGCAUCCCUAGCUCACUUUCUACCUCAAGGAACACCCUUACUCCUUAUUCCAAUGUUAGUAAUUAUUGAAACUAUCAGUUUAUUCAUUCAACCCAUGGCCCUGGCUGUACGACUAACAGCCAAUAUCACUGCAGGUCACCUACUAAUUCACCUAAUCGGAGGAGCUACCCUUGUCCUUAUAGACAUUAGCACCGCUACAGCUUCAAUUACUUUUACCAUCCUUAUUCUUCUCACCAUCCUAGAAUUUGCUGUAGCCCUUAUUCAAGCCUAUGUCUUCACACUACUAGUUAGUUUAUAUCUACACGACAACACUUAA